AUGGCAGUAAAGAAGAGCAAUAUUCUCCAUAGGUUGGAUAACGCAGAAUAUCAGUAUCAUUUAGUUACUGAUACACUGGCAGACUUUAAACCUCGUUUAAGGUCAACUCCUACACUAUACAAUGCUAAAGGUAAGAAAUCAGCAAAGAGGUUAGAGAAGUUAAUAGCCAGCUUAAAUAUUGAUGAUCUAAAGCAGAAGAUUCAAGAGUUAAAGCUAGAAUUGUUGAAUAACAAAGUACAUUUUGUUGAAAAUAAGAUUUGUGGUCUGUUUGUGAAGCAGCUGGAAAAUCAACAUAAAAUGCUUCAAAGCUCUAAGAAUGAAAAACAACAGAGUAAGCUUGAUACUUUGAAUCAGAUUAAAGACGUUUAUGGGUUUGAUAAGUUUGCAUAUCUUGUUGUACGCUCAAAAAUUGUGAAGAUAGUAAUCUCGAAAAUUUGUCCGUCAAAAGCUCUGAAAGAGAAACCGCCUGCAUGGUUUGCAGAACAUAAUAUUUUGCGGCAGUUUAAUGAUCGAAAUGAUGAAAAUAAUCCUAGUAAAGUUUGGAAUGAGGUGACGAAGAGUAUUGCGGGUGGUGAACAGUUGGUAGCACAGCUUAUGAGCAUGAAAAAUGUGAAGGAAUUACUUUCUGGACUGGAAACCGGUGUUGACCUUGUUAGAGGUGUAAGAAAAGCCAAAGAAGAAUCUGAACGUCCUGAGAGUACUGAGGUUUCCAAAAAAGAAGGUUUUAAUGAAGAGUCCGAAGAUAGUGCUUCUGAAGCUACCGGAAAUGAGGCAUCUGGUGAGAGCUUUGGUGAAGAUGAAGAAGAGAGCGAUAUAGACUAUGAUAAACUUUUAAGUCAGUGCGAGAACAUGAUAGUGGGAACUGACGAAGAAGAAGAAACUCAAGAGUUCCAACUUAACCCAGAAUUGAACUAUAACGAGGUCACUGAUGUGGAGCCCAGUGAAGACGAAGACGAACAAGAAUAUCAUGAUAUUUCUGAUGACGAUGAUAGAGAACCGCUACAGAAAAGACGCAAAUUAGAUGAAACUCCAAAUAAAUUACCCGAAUUGAUGAUGGGUUACUAUAGUGGUGGAGAUGAUGAAGAAUUUGAGGAGGACAAUGUUGCUAAGGAGCAAAUAGACAAUAAACCAAAGCGUAAGAAUCGGAGAGGCCAACGAGCUAGACAAAAGAUUUGGGAAAAGAAGUAUGGUAGAAAUGCAAAACACAUUCAAACACAGUUUGAAAAAGAACGAGAGGAGAGGGCAAGAAAGAAGCAAGAAUUCGAGGAAAGAGCUGCAAGGCGUGCGGCAAGGAUGGGUACGCAAGUAACCACCACUUCCGACUCUACAGAGUCCUCAAUUUUACAUAAGAGUGCAUCUACAUUGAAAAGAGAAACCAUACAUCCAUCCUGGCAAGCAAAGAAACUUGCUGAAGAGAAGCUGAAAAGCGUCAAGUUUGAGGGUAAGAAAAUUACCUUUGAUUAA